AUGGGUAGUAUGUUUUCAUUUAUUGUUAUGAUGCCCAGAUUUUGAAAAAUGCCAGGAUUUUUGACUUGUGGGCCAAAUGAAGCAUUAGUAGUUUCAGGAUGCUGUUUGCAAAACCCAACCAUUGUCCCUGGAGGCCGUGUCUUUGUUUGGCCAUUUAUUCAAAGAGCCCAAAAAUUAACGUUAAAUACCAUGACUCUGUCUAUCGAAAGUCCCAAAGUAUACACACAGCAAGGAGUUCCAAUAUCAGUUACUGGAAUAGCACAAAUUGAGUUUCACUUUUGUUUAGACAUUUGUUUGCAACGAAAUUCAGAUGUAAUGUCAAAAUUCAAGGACAGAAUAUGGAAAUGCUCAGAGCUGCAUGUGAGCAGUUUUUGGGUAAAACCAGUAAACAGAUUAUGGACAUAGCUAAAGAAACAUUAGAAGGUCAUCAACGUGCAAUUAUGUGUACUAUGUCUGUUGAGGAAAUAUAUAAAGAUCGUAAAAAGUUUUCAAAACAAGUAUUUGAAGUUGCUUCUUCAGAUUUAAUCAACAUGGGUAUAACAGUUGUUUCAUACACUAUCAAAGAUAUCAGUGAUGAUCAGGGUUAUUUAAAAUCUCUCGGAAUGUCUCGAACUGCACAAGUAAAACGUGAUGCUCGCAUUGGAGAGGCUGAGGCUCGGCGUGACUCUCAAAUUAAGGAAGCAUUAGCAGAGGAAGAACGGAUGGCUGCUCGUUAUGUAAAUGAUACUGAAAUCGCCAAAGCACAAAGAGAUUUUGAACUUAAAAAAGCUGCUUACGAUAUGGAAGUGAACACAAAAAGAGCUGAGUCAGAUUUGGCAUUUAACUUGCAAGCUGCUAAAACUCGUCAAAAAAUCAAGGAAGAGCAGAUGCAGGUUAAAGUGAUCGAAAGAGCUCAGGAAAUACAAGUACAAGAGCAAGAAAUAUUGCGCAGGGAAAGAGAGCUGGAGGCUACAGUUAGACGACCUGCUGAGGCAGAAAAAUAUCGAUUAGAAAAACUGGCCGAAGCUAAUAGAAAUCGAGUGAUUAUGGAAGCAGAAGCUGAGGCUGAAGCAAUUAGACUAAGAGGAGAAGCUGAAGCCUUUGCAGUAGAAGCCAAAGCUAAAGCAGAAGCUGAACAAAUGGCUAAAAAAGCUGAUGCAUUUAAAGAAUACAGAGAUGCUGCAAUGGUAGAUAUGGUUCUGGACACACUGCCAAAGAUUGCUGCUGAAGUUGCUGCACCACUUACUCAAUGCAAUCGAGUAGUCAUGGUGUCGGACGGGAAGGGUGAUAUGGGGGCUGGAAAAUUGACGGGAGAAGUCCUAGAUAUUAUAGCAAAUGUUCCACAUGUAGUUUCUAAACUGACUGGUGUAAACAUAACUAAUUCUUUGAAAGUCGCUCAAGCUGCCACAUAGAAUAUUUAUGAAUCAAAGCUACAAAAGCACAUUAAAUGUAUGUUAACACGAUUGAACCAACAAUUUGCUAAACCGAAAUUAUUAUGUAUUGUUUAAUAUUAAUUUUUUAAGCAUUUUUUAUAUGUUUAUUAUGCAUGUCAUGAAAUAAAAAUGUAAAGCACUUAUUUAUAUUUAAUGGUAUUAUUUCUCCCUAUUAUGUCCAUUUAUGUUUAAGAUAAUGUGUGACGAUUUCUAAACAUACAUCUUAGUUCAUAUUUAUUUACAUAAAUUAAAUCUUUAUAAAUAUUAAUAUCUAUUUUCAAACUAUUUGCUUGCAUCCUUUUUGAACAGGAUAUUUUCAAUGCUGAAAUUUUAUUACGUGAACACAUAUUUGUUUGCUAAUUUAAAAAUAAAUUAUUAGGAUUAUUUUAAAUUUGUAAAUGCAUCAUGAAACUAAAAAUAUAUUGUUUAAUAAAUAAAUUUUGUUAUUUUUAAUGAACGAUAAGUGUUUUUCAGUAGUCUGCUAAUAAUGAUAAAUUUCUAGGAAUAAUAUGAGUGUUUUAAGCACAAUCGUUAUAAAACUUUAAUAUCUUAAUAUUUUUACUAACUUAGUGUUACAAAGAAAAAAGAAUUUCAAAAUCAGAAAUUCAAGACUGUCAUAAAAUUAGUGUGUAUUUAUAGGAAGAUAAGGAUUUAUACUUGUUGCUUGUUCAAGUUUUAGGGAGGGUUUCAGAAGUACUUGUAUAAAUAAAACGUAAGGAAUAUUUUAAUACAUUCAGAAGUGAUUGUGUAUUAGUGAUUGUUAAGAUAAUUAAAGUUUUCGAUUGUAAUUAUUGAUAUCAAAAUCUAUAAAUAAACAAUUCUAUAAUUAAUGUCCAAAAAAGAGCUUUUAUAGUGUAGGUAAAUAUACACAGAUGUUUAUAAAAUUUCUUGUAAUAGUUAAUAUGUAUUUACUGCUAAGUAACAGUUUUAUACGUAGCAAUUUUCUUCCUGAUUAGAAAUUGGACUUAAAUUUAUAAAUAUUUUGUUUAUAACAAGUUUCUUACUCUAUUUUAAAAUUAAAAUUGCUUGACUACACAGCAACAACAGCUAUACACAGCAAUAUUUCAUUUACAAAAGUAUAUAUAAUAUUCAGUUAAAAACAACAACUUACAUUUUAAUAGAACUGUUUGCAUUUUGUAUGAAACAAAACUUUAUUAGGCAAAGGUUUAAUGUGUAUACUUAAUAAAAAGCAAGUUUUUAAUUUAUAGAAGCAAUAUUUUGUUCAAGAACUGAAAAAAAAAACCUUAAAGUUUCACUAUGUAAAAUAGUUAAUUAUUGAUCAGGUCGGUUAUAUAGUCACAAUAUAAUAUCUUACUGGUGGUUAAGAAACAAAAUUUAUAAUUAUUCUAAUUAAUAAAAGUAUUGAUCUGUAAAUAUAGUUACAUUUAAGAAAAAAAAUUUUAACAAGAAAUUUUUAAACAAAACUACUUUGCAAUAACUAAUACUUUAAUUUUUAUAAAUUUAGGAAAAUUUAACCAUUCUGCAGUGCUUAAUAUUUAGUGUGUGUGUUUUAGUCUUCAUUUAAAAUCCAUUGGAAUAAAGAUAAAAAUUUUAGUUAUUUUCACUUUUUUGUCAUAAAUUUUAUUAUAUAUUCUCAAUAUAAAAUAUGCAUAUCCAUUUUUUGAGAAAUUUUUCAUUGACUAUGAAAUUUCGUGUGUGUUUUUCCUUCCAUUGUCCUUUAAUAUUUGUUUAAUAUUCAUUUUAGAUUUGAUGUCAAUUUUCUUGUAUGUUUCUUUGUGAAAUAAAAAGAAAAACCUU